UACUAGUAGAACUAGAACCUAGAAAUGGAGGCGGUUCAGAAAGCAGUCAGCGACGCUGUCCAAGCAGUAAAGAACAGUCCGUUACUGAGGAGACGUUUCGGAGGAGGUGGGAGAGAAAACUCUACAGAAGAGGAGCCGGUACGUGCCGUGUCCCCGGAUAAGGAUCGGACCCCGUUCGUUGCUGGGUUCAGCUAUAGAGUGGAAUACUUGGGAAAGUCUAUCGUGGAUCAGGGUCAAGAACAGGAUCAUGGCUGCACUGAUAAAGCUGUUCAAUUGCUCUGGUCUGAUGCUCCCAGUGAUAUAGGCAAACCUGUUUCAGUUAAAGUGACUACUAACAACAUUCGCAUUAAACUCACAGAAGAGAAGACCAUCCUUUACGACUUCCCUGUACUCCAUGUCUCGUAUUGUGGCCUUGACAAGAGAUACAAGGAGGCUGUUAGCUUUGUUGCCAAAGAAGAUAAUCGGUUCUGUUGUUAUGUCUUUAAAGCUGCUAAUCCAGACAAAGCAUAUGCGCUCGCUCUGAGCAUUUCCAAAGCGUUUUAUCUUGCAUGUCAGAUACUGCAGGAGCAGCAAGGGAAUUUCCCUGCCACCCCAGAGAGGGACAUCCUCUUUGAACCACAAAAGGAUAACGAUACAAAGGUCAGCCCUGCCAGGCCAGUUAUUCCAGGCUCUCCUCUCACUUAUCGGAUACAUACCCAGUCCCAGCCUUCAGAAGGAUCUCAGGAAGACACAGAUGCUUCUAAUAGUCCCAAUAGACCUGCCAUAGCAGUGACUCGUCCCUCAAUAACGUCAACAACUAGCAGCAUAUCCUCUAAUGUAGACGAGGAUUUUAUACGAUUAGCUCGCUCUCGCUCUAAUCCUGAUAUUUUGCGUUCAACGUUAGAGACGGAUGUUGUCAAGCAUCCCUCACUUGACCUUGUUCGGCAGCAUGCUGACCCCAUUUCUCAUGGGAAUACACCAGUUGUGACCCCAUCCGGCUCUACUGAGAACCUACUGGUAUCAUAGGGGACACUGAGGAUGAACUGUGUGGGUGUGACUGUGUGUUUUUUUAACUAAAUAAGUUGUUUGAUUCAUUUAUUACAAGUGUUGAUCAUGAUGGAGCCAUUCUGUCAUGUUGGUAAUGAGA